CUCUUUUAUUUCUUCAAAUUUCGUUUGAAAUCAAUUUUAUUUUUUAAAUUUAAGAUGGCUUCCGAAGCUGUCGCAGAAUCGCCGAAGCAGGAAAUAAACUUUGAUAUCGAGUUUGAUGAUUCGGAGUUCCAGUCCGACCUUCCUAUAAUAGAUGCACCUCCUACACUGGAGAGUAUUCUCAAUGAAGAUGAGACAACUUCAGUUCUGGAGGAGGAUGACAUCUCCAUACCAUCUUCUAUUCAAAUGUUCAAGGACUCGCAGUCACAAGACACAUCAUCAUUGUCUAGUCAAGACAGCUCCGCCCUGGCAGAGAAACCUAGCAGAAAAGAUAGGCAUAGGAUAAAGAAACAGAAAGCAAUCCAUGGGUCUGUACUGAAGCCAAGUCGACUUAAAAGUAUAGCUGCCCAGCUGCAUUCAGCUGCUGACAAGGUUGAUGCAGGAAUGCCUACAGCAAUGGCUGUGUCUAACUUGAUAGCCAUAGGAACAUCACAUGGUUUAGUGCUUGUGUUUGAUCCAAAGCAAGUUUUGAAAUGGUGUCUAGGAAGUACAGCUGUUGGUGCCCAGUAUGGUGCUGUUUCCUCCCUCAGCUUUAAUAAGGAUUGUACCCGGCUUCUCAGUGGAUUUGCUAGAGGACAGAUAACAAUGUGGGAUCUUACAAAUGGCAAGCUGAUCAGGACUAUAACAGAUGCUCACCCCCCUGGUACGGCUGUUCUACAUAUAAAGUUUACAGACAGUCUCGUGUUUGCUGUAUGCAGUGAUAGUGGAGGAUCCGUCUUUGAACUGGAGUUUAAGAGACUGAUAGGCAUGAGAACCUGUGAGUCAAAAUGUCUCUUUUCUGGAAGCCGAGGAGAGGUAUGUGUUAUAGAACCACUUCAUAUGAGCCUUGCCACUAAAGAUCAUCCCAUGCAAGAUGUUUCUAUCCUGGCUAUGGCCUCUCUCUCAAAGGUUCUGCUUGUUACACUAACACCACAAUUGAAGGUUGUUUUUACCCAUCCCCUGAAAGGCAAUCCCUCUACACUCCCUCUGUUGGCUUGGCAGUUUGUUGUUAUACAAGUGUCAGAGAGUGACAGAGUUAUUGACCCUGUUCUAGCUUUUGCUAGGGAGUCGACAAUAUUCUUCCACCAGGUUGUAUGCACCAGUGCCCAGGAUAUCAGAUGUACAGGACUACAGAAGAUUUCCUUGUCUUAUAAGCUACUCAACAUUACGUGGAUGAAUACAAGAACUCUGGUUACCAUAGAUACCAAAGAGAAGAUGCAUGUUAUUGAUGUGAGAUCAGAGGAAGAAUUAGAGGUUAUAGAUAUGAGUGAGGUGCAGCUGAUAUACAACACAAGCUUCUUCAAAUCUCUAGCUACUGGGGGAAAUGUCAGCCAAGCUUUGGCCUAUGCCGGAGACCAUGCCUGUUAUCAGACUAUAGUAAGUCAUGGUGGACAGUUGUUCAUGCUGGGAACCAAAACUGUACAUGUUUACUCACUACGGACUUGGAAAGAGAGGAUAGAUGUACUGGUGAAGGACAACCGGUACCAAGAUGCUCUGGCCCUGGCUCUGUCAUUCUAUGAAGGCAAGGCUAAAGCUGUGGUGAGCUUGCAAGGAACCAGUGCUAAGAAGAAAGAAAUGGUUGCUGAUUUGAUGUUGGAUCUGUUGUUCCAGUAUGUAGAUCUAUCUAUGACCCAGUUUUGUCCCGAGAAAGGAAAGAUUGAAGAACUGGAAGACUAUUACCAGACUAUAGUGCCGGUGUGCGUGGACUAUUGCUUACAUUUAAACAGAAUGGAUAUAUUAUUUGGUCGUAUUUAUGAAAGAUUCAGUAUGGAUGUGAUCGCCAUGGGAACAUUUUUGGAAUGUUUAGAACCAUAUAUUAUCAAUGAUAAACUGAGAACAAUGCCUCCAGUAGUGAUGAAGGAUUUUGUUACACACUAUGAACAGAAGAGUAUGCUGGAGAGUGUAGAAGCGUGUAUUGUACAUAUGGAUGUAACCAGUCUGGAUAUACACCAUGUGGUUCACCUGUGUUGGAGCCAUGGACUGUAUGAUGCUAUUAUUUACGUAUAUAAUAAAGGAAUGUUUGAUUACACUACACCUCUAGAGGAACUACUUUCUACAUUGAAGGCAGCAGUAGACACAGGAAAACAAUUAUCUGAUAGCCAGAUCAGGUUGGGAAACAAAUUGCUUGUAUACAUCAGUUGUUGCCUGGCUGGGAGAGCUUAUCCACUGGGAGAUAUACCUGAGGACCAUGUUCAUAAAGUUAAACAUGAGGUGUUCGAAAGUUUAACAUGUCGGCAGUCAAAAGGUAGUCCUCAAGAUGAGCUUCCAUACCCAUAUCUUCGUACACUCCUUUCCUUUGAUACAAGAGAAUUUCUGAACGUCUUAGCUCUGGCAUUUGAGGAGGAAGAGUUUAACACCAGUGAAGGAAUUGCUAAACGUCAGCAUAUAGUGGAUAUACUGCUGCAGAUCAUGGUGGAAAGUGUCGGUUUUACACCAACACAAGUGGGAAUCCUGUUCACCUUCUUGGCUCGGCAGAUGGCUAGACAUGAAAACACAAUAACUGUAAACAAGAUACUAUUUGAACAGGUUCUGGAGUUUCUAUGUAACCCUGAUGAUGACUCUAGACAUGAAGAGAGACAGCAAGCCUUACUGGAGCUGUCACAUGCUGGAGGCUUACAGCAGGUGGAUGAGGAAAGAUUUCUCUACCUGGCAGAGAGAGCUAAAUUCUACCGUGUCUGUGAGUUGCUCUAUGAGAAGAGAAGACAGUUUGACAAGAUUUUGUCAUGUUAUUUGAGGGAUUAUGCAAGAAAGUAUCACGCAUUCAACUUUAUCAUUACCAUACUGGACAGUGAAAGGUUCACACCUGAGGAGAAAGCAAGUGUCCAGGCUGAAGCUUUAAAAAAUCUAGAGGAAUUGGUGUCUAUAGACAGUAAGCAGGCAGCACAGAUGGUGGUGUCUAACCUGUCAGUCAGCCUGGCUGAUGUUGUUAAACAGCUGAAAACAGAGAAACCAGUGCUGUUUGAGUUCCUUCAUGGUGUCAUGGCAUUUAGGGACACAUCUGGGAGUGCAAUCCACACAGAGAAACAGGUUCAUGUAGAAGCCAGUAUAUUUGAGCUGUACAUUGACCUCAUGUGUCAGUAUAAACCAAACCAUGUGGAAAAUUUCAUCAAAACCAAUGAAGGCUACAGACUGGAAGAAACUUUAGCUAUCUGUAGAAAACAUCAUUUGUCAGAAGCCACAGCCUACUUGUUGGAAAAAGCUGGGGAUAUACAAGGUGCAUUUGGAAUCCACCUAGAGAGUUUGAAAGGAAAAUUGAAGAAGUUGACAGAAUGUUUGCUUAGCAAAUCUGAUGAAGGAAAAGAUGUACAGACACAGUUUGGUGAAGUGCAGACAGUAUUGUUAAUGAUAGUACAGUUAUGUCAGAGAAACUCCGGGAAAAUGGAUGAGGCAUCAAGGGAGGCAUUGUGGUUCCCAUUAUUAGAUGCCCUCAUGUUUCCACAAAGAAGAAUAAAAGAUAUAGACAACAAGGAUAUUCUAUCAGAUUUCAAACAGCUGACACAUCAUGUAUUAAACAAUAUGAUGGGAUACAUAGCCCUACCUGCUAUACUAUAGAAAAUAAUGCAGGACCCAGCAUACAAUACUGGAAAAUUUGGAGAAAUUAGAGAACUCAUUCUCGGAAUGCUCGAAACUUAUAAUUAUGAACAGACUUUGAUGAUAACCUGUAAAAACCUACUCAACCAUGAUAUCCAUCUACAUUUGAGAAGUUUGACAAAUGCUGCAAUGAAGGGAUAUAUCCCACGUGGAGAUCAGUGUAAAAUAUGUGUGAAGAAAUUCAUGAAUCAG